UUCUGAUAAUUCGGCUUCCAUUGUUUUUUAGCUUUGUUUGCUUAUUUGGUCUGUAUAUGUAUCUAUGAUUCAGCUAGAUCAGAAGCCAAACGCGUACGAUUUUUGCUCCAGAAAUGCUUAUGCUUCGGAUAUGCUAGAUGCUACGACAUGAGAUGUACUGCGAAUGUGUGUCUUCCUAAGGUUGUCCGAUGAUGAUGUUUUUGUGUCUCGUCAUAUUCUUCGGUUCGUAUGUCGCAGAAUGGAGAGAGAAUUGAUGGGCAUUCGUGUUCGUCGCGGACAUAUGUAUGUAUAUGCAAUUCACCUUGAUCAGAUGCCAUUUGCGUCUGGAUUCUGAGAAAGGAGAUGUUGCUCAGACUAUCUGAUUCAAGCAAUGGCUCUCCUCAUUUCAUGCGCACAAGUUUCCUCCCCCCAAUUGGUUAUCCUUCGCUUUCUAAAUCAGAGCCUUGAUUUUGUCAACGACAAUGUCUCCAAGAUCUUUUCUCCUCUUUUCGCCAACCUCAGGGAUUUCAAGAUGCUGCUUUCUUGCUUUGAGCAUCCUCAUUCGGAUCCUGCGAAUCCUUCUCACUCUUACACCCAGGAAUGGUCUUCUGAUAAGAAAGAUUAUGAUGGAAAGGGAGAUCCCGAAGCCAUAUUCAAUGGGUUGGAUUCCAUCUUGAAAAGCAGUUUGGAUCGUCUGAGAGAUAUGAGGGGAAGCGUAUCAUGGAGGAAGAACUUGAAACUCGACGAAUCUUGUCAUGGUUCUAUAAUAAGAGAGCUCUGUUCACAAGGAAAGCUGGACACUGCUCUCUGGUUGAGGAGAAAAUUGAUGCAGAGAGGACAUUUUCCAGGUUUGCUCACACACAAUCAUCUUUUAAAUGGGUUGUGUAAAGUAGGCCAUAUGGACAAGGCAGAUGAGCUUAUUAGGGAGAUGUCGGAGAUGGGUCCUUCCCCUGACUGUGUCUCGUAUAGCACUAUUAUUAAGGGUCUCUGCCGGGUUAACAAUGUAGAUAGAGCUCUAUGUUUCUUUGAAACUAUGACUAAAUAUGGUGUUCAGCCAAAUAGAGUUACCUGCAACAUAAUGGUACAUACUCUUUGCAAGAAAGGUCUUCUGGAAGAUGCCACAAAGCUGCUUGGAGAGAUUUUAGGUGGUACCCUGGAGAAAGCAACCUCAGACGUAGUCACCUCCACUAUUCUGAUGGACAGUUGUUUUAAGCAGAGAGAUAUGACUAGAGCUCUUGCCCUUUGGAAGGAGAUGUCUCAGAAAAAUACCCUGGCUGAUUCGGUUUUGUAUAAUGUCCUCAUUCACGGUUGCUGUUUGAGUCGAAACGUGAUAGCCGCUUAUGGCUUCUUGUGUGACAUGGUAAAGAGAGGAGUAGGUCCUGAUGUUUUCACUUAUAAUACUCUUAUAAGUGCAUUCUGCAAGCAGGGAAAACUAGUUGAGGCAUGUAAUGUUUUCGGUAUCAUGCAAAGGGUUGGUGUUGCUCCUGAUCAGAUCUCAUACAAAGUGAUUAUUCAAGGUCUUUGUAUACAUGGAGAUGUGGCAAAGGCAAUGGAGUUCCUUUUAGGCAUGUUAGAAAGUUCUCUGCUGCCAGAGGUUCUGCUUUGGAAUGUGGUUAUUAAUGGUCACGGAAGAUAUGGGGAUGUUAGCAAUGCAUUAUCUGUUCGGGAUCUAAUGCUUUCUUAUGGGAUUUCACCCAAUAUUUACACAAACAACUCGUUGAUUCAUGGGUAUGUGAAAGGGGGAGAUAUCAUUGAAGCAUUUCGGCUGAAACACCAGAUGUUGUCAGCUGGAAUUAUCCCGGAUAUUGUCACCUAUAAUCUUCUAAUAGGUGCUGCUUGUUCUUUGCAGAAUAUGCCUUUGGCACUUCAACUGUAUGAUGAUAUGCUGAAAAAGGAUUGUCUACCUGAUAUUAUCACUUAUACUGAGCUGAUUAAAGGCUACUGUAGGAAAAAUCAAUUGAAGGAGGCAGAAAGUGUUCUGCUCCAACUGCAAGUCUCUGGUAUACCAUUAGAUGGUGUUCCUUUCAAAAUACUUAUCAAGAAAUAUUGUAUAUUGCAACAGCUUGGCAAGGCAGUUUUAGUCUACAAGAAGUGGUUGGUAUAUGCUACUAAAACUGGAGCAGGAAUGUGCUGACUGCAAUAAGUAACAUUGGUGCUGCUCACGAGUCACGAUUCAAUCACCUGACAGGAAGUUUACAGGAACAGUUGAGUGCCCUUUUGCGAUAUUCAGUUUGCUUAUGAGGGUUUGUUCCAGCUCAUUACAUUGUCUAAACUUCUUCCGAUGAUCCAGGAAUCAGACAGUUAAAGCAGUCUGAGAUAGAGAUUUUGUCAUUAGGGUUAGGCACUGAGAACUGACUUUGGUCCAAGAUGUUUAUCCGAGUGGUAUCACUAUUGCUUUGAUUUCCUGUGUGAGAGAGCACUCGAUUCUUCAGGAGGAAAUAUCAAGUUAUAUGUUAUGUUUUCACAGCUUUUGCACCCAACACGAAGUUGCAUUCAGAUUACAUCGACGAGUCUGGGGGCUCGAAGAGCUGUUUCUUCACUGUGUACAGCAACAGCCAAA